AAAUAAGCGCAACAAACUGUGACAUUUUGAACUAUAGAGAAGAAAAUGAUUUAUUAAUCACUUUGAACAAAACUGAUGAUUUUUGUUGUCAUCGACUAAAAGAAAGGUUUUUAUUGACUUCAUUCCCUAUGCAACCAUGAAUGAUUUUGUCGAAUCCUGUCCUCAAAAUCUCACAGAAGUUAUGAAAUCAUCUACAAGACUGGACUGUGGUCGUGACAAGUAUGGUAAUGAUCAGUAUAUAUGUGUCCCUAACAUAGAGAAGAGUGGUCUGGUAGAAUUUUGUUACAAAGGAAUCAUGGGAAUAAUACAAAGAGGAAACUGUUUGGAGACGACUGAGGGAAAUCUGUUUUCACGUGACUGCUCAGGGUUUAUAGAAGGCUGUCCAGAUGAUGCUUUCAGAAGCAAUGAACAUUACAAUUAUCCUGCAUGUCAACAAAUCAACACACAAGGUCACUGCUAUCUUGCCGAUCCUUCCUGUUCAAAAUUAACAGAGAAUAUCUUUCACAAAUCAAGGGCUACUACAACUAGAAUAAACGUAGACCAUGAAGUUUACAGCAGCACGAUAAUAAAUAUUCAAACAGCCUCACUCCAGGAGUAUGAAACCGCCGAAAUUGGAGCAAUAGUAGGAGGACUGUGUGCUAGAGGGAUUGUCCUCCUCCUCCUGUUUCUAGUUAUUUUCUGGAAAAGAAAACAAAGAUUUAGAAAGACCAAAGAACCAAAUCCAGGGACAGAUCAUUUGGCGGGAAUAAUGGAAAAUGGCCCUGAAAAUGACUUGCACGAACAAUGCACCAGUACUUCUCAUGAACGUAUUUCAUUGCUUACAAAUUCUACAGUUGAAGAUGAAGAAGUUGGUGUUAAUAGUAAACCAGAGAAGGAAAUCUAUGAUGUCAGUGAGGAUGGCAUUUAUAGAAAACAAGAGAAGAAAACCCAAGAUGUCACAGAGGCUGGUGUUUCUAUUAAACCAUUGCAGGAAAUCCAUGAUGUCACAGAGGCUGCUUAUUUCAGUCAACUACAGAAGAGAGCACUUGUUGACACAAAAGCAGAUAUAAAUAGCAAAAGAGAAGGAAAAAUUCCUGUAUUUGAAACUGUUUGUAUCAUAAAUGAUUCAGAAAAAAGACGGCACGGUGUCCUGGGGGCUGAGAUCAAUAAUAAAUCAGAAGAGAGAAGUCAUGGUAACACAGAUAACAAUGUCAAAAAUGAAAGAGGAGGAUAUCUGAACUCAGCUAUGUUAAGGAAGGACAGAGUUCAAAUUCCUUGUACAUCGUAUUGGAAAUUUAAAUGUGACGUCAGUGAAAUUUAACAAGCUACAGAAAUUAAUUUAUUACAUGAUCAUGCGUAAAUAACAACUUGAGAAUUACCUUGAAUUGGUUUCGGGUGUAAACGUUUUUAAGUCAAUUAUGGCAUUAAUUUACCUCGUCUUUCUCAUCUAGAUAUUUAAGCUGUUCCUAAUAAUCGUAAUUUUCUGCGACAUCACAGCUACAAUGUAUAAGUCUCUGGUGCAAGCCGCUGGUACAUUUUUCUGUUCACAAGAGAGAAAACUUAAAUAAUCAACUUUGAAGGAGUUGUCUUUCUUUGUUUUCACUUUGGAAAAAAAAGAAAGAGAACUUGUUACCAAAAAAAUCACGUCUCCACGAGCCAGGACAUUUUUGAUUACACUGGAACAUUGACCCCCACGAAUAUAAAUGAUUCCACGGUACAAAGUGUAAAGACAGUCAAAGUAUUCCCGGCUGCUUAGUGCUAAGGAACUCUAGAUUUUAUUGAUGCAAUUAUCAAAACAUUUUUUAUGCAAUCAGAUUCAAGUAUUUUAUAGAAUUUAAAUGAUUAUAAAAUCAAAGGCGUAAAAUUGGCAUUAAUAUAAACUCGCCAGCCACAAAACGACCCAAUGAUAGAUACAAGUUUCAAGUAUAAAAUUUUGGAACCAUCUUAUUACUUCCAAGAAUACUUUAGCAUUUAAAAUCUAGAAAACAACAGUCAAAACAAACUCAUGGACUAAAAAUAUUUUUUUUCAAUUUUCAACAAAUUGGGAUUUUCAUUCAUUACUAAAAAAGAAAAUUCAAUAAAACCACUUUUGAGAAGCAUAAAACAAAGAAUAUCAGAUCAAUGCAUACAAGAGGAAUAUGCAAAGAUUCAUAAUUCAUCGAAACUAAAAUUUUAUCAAGUUGCUUUUAAUAAUUUCAAACGAUGCGGAUACAC